CUUUGUCCAGCACUGAAUACAACUCCGACGUGGGUUCGCAGGUUGUUCAUCUCGUUGCAGUAAUUUCUAUGGGACUGUUCAUUUGCGAUUCACCCGUGACAAGUGCCCCGAACCGUGCUUUCUUAGAUGGUUUAUCCUCGCCGCAGGAGCGGCUGGUGUGAAUGAUGGGACUCGUAGCGAUGCCUAGGCUACCGGAUUCGCCGUCCAAGUGAAAGGGCAAUCGACCACAAGCGAAAACGCCAUGGCGUCAAUGCAGAAAUGGCGCUUCUCGGAGCAAAUGCAUGCAAGUAUCUAAUGGACGCACCUUCCACGUCCAGUGCGGGCAGUCUGUUCCUAAAGAGGCUUCAGAAGGAGCUGCUCUCCAUGCAGAAAGAGCCACCGCCGGGUGUGAGCGUAGACAUGGACAACGUUGGAUCCAACCUGACGCAGUGGAUCGUUGACAUGGAAGGUGCCAAGGGCACGCUUUAUGAAGGAGAGAAGUUCCAGCUCCUCUUCAAGUUUAGCUCCAAGUAUCCAUUUGACUCUCCAGAGGUGACCUUCCUGGGGCCCAACAUUCCGGUGCACCCCCACGUGUACAGCAAUGGCCACAUCUGUUUGUCCAUCUUGACAGACGACUGGUCUCCUGCCCUGUCCGUGCAGUCCGUCUGCCUCAGCAUCGUCUCCAUGCUCUCCAGUUGCAAGGAGAAGAAGCGACCACCUGACAAUUCGCUCUAUGUAAAGACCUGCAACAAGAACCCCAAGAAGACCAAGUGGUGGUACCACGAUGACUCGGUCUGAUGCCAGAGGGCACCUCCUAUCUCACCACCACCACCACUUCCUCUAGUCACGCUGCUCCGAUCGCUUGGUCGGUGCCGCCGUCUGCCACAGUGAAAUAAAUCGUUCGUCCUGCACGUCUCUGUGCCCCCGAGGCAGCAGAAGCAGGCUCUGUCGGGAACAGCGAAAAGCCUCGCCUCUCUCCACUUGCAACGGGCGACACCAGGUGGCGGCGGCGGCAGGGCUUCGAGAAUGGCAUCUGGCUACCUCCAUGUGCUGCCUCUCUUGGGGCAGGCCCCGAGGCUCUUGGUUGGGCCAGACCAGCCACUACAGCUACUACCGCGCUGGAUGAAUAAACCUUUAGUUUCUUUUUUUGUUACUUUCCCUGCAAGCUUAGGAUGCAGCCGUCUACUAGUGACAUGCGUCGCCAAGACCUUCGAUGACUCACUGGUCAGGUGGCUCUAGGCAGCCAAUGUGACCACCAUCAGUGAACGGACAAAACCUGUGCAGAUUUAAAAAAAAUGAAAAACAAAAGCCCGUUGGAAAGACAAGUUGUAGUUGUGCCGUCAGCCGAGGACAAGUGUGUUUUCCCUUUUAAACGUUGUUGUGCGAUGUAUGACGUCUAGGAAUAAAGACCAUGCCAAUUUUA